CUGAACUCUGAAUCCCAAUUCCCGCGGUUUCGGGUCGCCCGAAGUCUACAUUUCCCGCACUUCCCAUUCUCCAAUCCGCUGUGGUGCCCCCGAGCUCCUCAUCUCUGUCAUACUCUGCAGGUAUAUCGUACAGGAAGGGGUGCGUUACUCCGUAUCGUAAAGAUCAACCAAUUUCACAGUAGAUUUUGUAGCCAACCCUAUUGCAGCCGAAGAGAAAUCGAUCACUACAAGUGAUCAGUUCAACGCUGAAAUUCAAAACCCUAGCUGGCUGUGGUGACUGUACGGAUGGAUAAAUCAGCAAGCUCCAGCUCUGGAGAGCUGCAAUGCGUAGGGCGCCUCGAAAUCGUCCGGCCAAAACCCGUCGGUUUCCUCUGUGGCUCACUCCCAGUGCCCACUGAUAAAGCCUUCCAUGCUGUCAAAUCCGCUCUGGUCCCAUCUCCCCAUACGGUGCAAGCUCCAAGGUACCGGAUGAUUCCAACUGAGACCAAUCUGAACACUUUGCCACUUAUAUCUAGUAUUCUAGAGAAGGUUGUUCCUGCACCAGUUGCACACUUGAAGUCCACUGGAGAUUUGUCAUGGGAAACUAGCACUGUUACAUCAAACCUUACAAGGAAAGGCGAGGCUCUAGCUGUUUCAGGUUUGGUCAAGUAUGGAGACGAGAUAGAUGUAAUUGCGUCUACUGAUAUUCUGAAGCAAAUCUUCAAGAUUCCAUACUCAAAAGCUCGAUUGUCAGUUGCAGUACAUCGUGUUGGUCAAACUUUAGUCCUCAACACAGGGUGGGAGCCUUUGCGGCGUUGGGGUAAUGCUGCUGUUGUAUUCAUCUACCAACUAUGUAAAGUUGAAACCUUGUGAAGAAUAAACUGUAUUUGUGAUAAAAUAACCAAGGGCGGUUAACUUUGCACAGUUGAGUGGUAUGGGCUGUCCCCCUUGAAGGUAAGGGGUCAAAGUAAAAAUAGAGAUAUGGUAUGAAACGAUCUUUUGUGAGUUGCUUUUCUAGAUUGUAAACACUUUCGAAGUGUCAAAUAUUCCAAAGUGCAGGCCUGAUGUUGAAGAGGGAGAAAAACUUGUUAGAAGAAAUAGUAAUCCUCAAAAAUGUGCAGAUCAAUCAUUGUUUCUCAAUUUUGCUAUGCAUUCUGUUCGAAUGGAGGCUUGUGACUGUCCACCAACCUAUGCAGCACAAAAAGAAGGGCCAGAUUCAGCUGUUCACCAUCGGCAAUUUGGACCAAGGGCAGUUCCAUCUGAAUCUUUUAAACAAUCAGUUCAGGGAAAUAAUACCUACAGUGAAAGUAGUACUAUUGGUCGGGAUAAAGGAUCUAGCUCUCAUUCCAAGUACUCUAAGUCCAAUCAAAAUGACUUAUUCUUAAGGAAAAAGAAAAAUAAGAGACCUCAAGGUCAUGAUGCCACUAAGGUCUCUCAAGUUAAAGAAAUGCCGAGGAGUUCAGUACAAGAAUCUGAAAAAUAUAGAAGAUCUAGUAAUGAUGAAUUUCUAAGGGUCUUGUUUUGGCAGUUUCACAACUUUCGUAUGCUCUUAGGAACUGACCUCCUCAUAUUCAGCAAUGAGAAAUAUGUUGCUGUGAGCUUACAUCUCUGGGAUGUUUCAAGGCAGGUCACUCCACUUAUUUGGCUGGAAGCCUGGCUAGAUAAUGUUAUGGCUAGUAUCCCUGAAUUGGCAAUCUGUUACCAUCAAGAUGGUGUUGUACAGGGCUAUGAACUCAUAAAAACUGAUGACAUUUUUCUGUUAAAAGGAAUAUCUGAGGAUGGUUUGCCUGCUUUCAACCCUCAUAUUGUUCAGCAAAAUGGGCUGUCUGUUCUUAGAUUUCUUCAGGACAAUUGCACACAAGAUCCUGGUGCUUAUUGGCUAUACAAAAGUGCUGGUGAAGAUGCUGUCCAACUUUUUGAUUUAUCUGUCAUACCCAACAAACAUCCCUCAGAUGACUAUGAUGACAACUCAAGUUCACUGCCAUCUCUGAUACACAGAGGAAGAAGUAGUUCAUUACUCUCAUUGGGGAUGCUAUUAUACCGGAUUGCUCACAGACUUUCACUAUCAAUGUCUUCUAAAAACUGGGCAAGAUGUGCAAAGUUGUUCAAGAAGUGUCUAGACUUUUUGGAAGAUCCUGAUCAUCUGGUUAUACGUGCAUUAGCUCACGAACAGUUCGCAAGACUUCUAUUAACUUUUGAUGAGAAUCUGGACUUGUCCUCUGAAUCACUUCUUGUAGAGUCUGAAGUUGCAAUCACUGAUACUGAGGAGGAAAGUUCAGUUAAUUUUUUAGCUGGUAUCUCUGAACUGAGGCUCCAUGAUGGAAUCUCCUUGGAUGUUUUUGGAGAUCAAUCAAGUGGAGGAGAUGACGGAAGCCCUGUAAAAGAUCCAGAAGGAAAUAUAUCUUUAUGUGGAAUACAUAAAUCUUCAGCUCCAAGCGAGGCAAAUGAAGCACACUUCGAAGACCAUCCGAGUUCCAGUGGCAUAAGCUUUGAAAUUGGAAACAAUUCAGAAAGCACCAGUGCUGUUGUUCAAGACAUUGCUGAUCCUAUUGUCUCUAAGCUUGCUGCAAUACAUCAUGUAUCACAAGCUAUUAAAUCUCUUAGAUGGAAUCGGCAAAGGCAAACCAUUAAAGAAGAACUAGACAAUCAUGACAGAACUGAGGAUAACCUACCUCAUUCAGUGGAUAAUUUUGUUUGUGCAUGUGGUGAUCCUGAGUGUAUUGAAGUUUGUGACAUUAGGGAGUGGCUUCCCACAUCAAAAUUGGAUGAUAAGUUGUGGAAACUUGUUCUAUUGCUUGGAGAGUCAUACUUGGCUCUUGGGGAAGCUUACAAAGAUGGUGGUCUGUUGUAUCAGGCAUUGAAGGUUGUAGAGUUAGCUUGUCUUGUUUAUGGAUCAAUGCCUCAACAUAGGGAAGACACAAAGUUUGUAUCUUCUAUGUCUUGUGGUUCACUUGUUGAAGAGGAAACUAAUAGCAUAAGUGAAAAUGUGGAGUCUGUAGUUGGCAAUCAUGCGUUUGCGUACAGUUACCCCUUUUGGGCAAAAGCUUGGGCUUUGGUUGGAGAUAUAUAUGUGCAGCUACAUCCAGUAGAGGGUAAAGAAUUCUCUCUUAUAUCAGAGCAGAAAUGCUUUACCAAAGAGUUGAAAAUGUCAUCUGAAGUUUUAGAGGAGGUAGAAAGGCUCAAACAAAAAUUGGGACAAUGUACACAAAACUGCAACUCGUGUUCCUUGAUGAAUUGCAGCUGUCAGAGUGACAGGGCUACUAGCGGCAGCAGUGCUAGCUGUAGCUCUAGAGAUACACGCUCUUCUGUUCAUGGGAGAAAGCAGAACAAAAUGUCACCGACUAAGAGUAAUCCUUACCAUCGUUCUGAAAAUUUUGAAGGUAUGCUUUUGAAAGGUAAAGAUAAAUUAUCUGUCAAAAACAAUAGUGUGAAGAACUAUAAAAGUGACAGUGAAAGAAAAGAUUCUGAUAUGAUUCCCAAUAUUUUAGAUGAAAAGAAACUGCCUGCUGCUGAAUCAUACAUACGUGAUUCCCUGAAGCAAGGGGAUGAUGAUGAUAAUGAUGGGGCAUCACUUGCUCAGUCUGACACAUCAAAAACAAAAAAUGGGGUCAAAGUGGGGGGAAUAUUCAAAUAUAUCAGAGGUUGUAAGCUUGGUGACACUGAUUCCAACCUUUCUUGUGCCUUAAAAUGCUAUGAAGAAGCGAGGAAAGCACUCGCAUCACAUCCUACUAAUUCAACAGAGUUGCUAUCUUUAAUUAGAAAGGAAGGAUGGGUUUGCAAUGAGUUAGGUCGAAGGAGGCUGGACAGGAAAGAAUUAGAUAAAGCUGAAAUUGCAUUUGCUCAGGCUAUUAAUGCCUUCAAAGAAGUAUCAGACCAUACUAAUAUUAUUUUGAUUAACUGCAAUUUGGGUCAUGGAAGAAGAGCCAUAGCUGAAGAGCUGGUGUCAAAGCUUGAGACUCUAAAAAAGCAUGCGAUAUUGCACGAUGCAUACAAGCAAGCAUUGGAGAAUGCCAAAUUACAAUACAGCGAGUCACUCAAAUAUUAUGGAGCAGCAAAAGCAGCAGUAAAUGCUGUUGCUGAAGAAGCUCAUUCCAUUACUAUCAGCUUGCGAAACGAAGCACAUACACAGCUUGCAAAUACUUAUCUAAGGUUAGGAAUGCUGUUAGCCAGAGAAGAUACAACUGCAGCCGUUUAUGAAAAUUAUGUACUGGAGGAUUAUGUUGCCUCCCAUGUUACUAGACUUAAAAGAAACCCUAUAAAACAUGAGAUGUCGGCUAAUGAUGCUAUUAGAGAAUCUUUGUCCCUUUAUGAAUCAUUGGGUGAAUUACGCAAGCAGGAGGCUGCUUAUGCCUAUUUUCAGCUAGCAUGCUACCAGAGAGAUUGCUGUUUGAAAUUUUUGGAGCAAGAUCAGAAUAAAAACCUCUUGUCUAAGGCUGAGAUUAGUUCUCUCCAAAGGGUAAAACAAUAUGCAUCAUUGGCUGAGAGAAACUGGCAAAAGUCAAUGGAAUUUUAUGGGCCAAAAUCACAUCCGCUAAUGCAUUUGACUAUCUUGAUAGAGAGAGGAGCUCUCUCGACCAAUCUGUCAAGUUCUCUUCAUUCAAAUAUGCAACUCCUUGAAUCAGCUCUUUCUCGGAUGCUUGAAGCGCGCCAUUUAUCUGAGAACACAUCAUUGGGUGACGAUGGUCAUGAAAUUUGUGCAAGAUUUUGGAGUCAGUUGCAGAUGUUGUUGAAGAGAAUGUUGUCCGUAACACUUUCAACUAACACAAACAAGCCUUCUGGGGGGGCUCAGCAUAUUGCAUCCAGUAAAUCUGCUGCCAGUGCUGGAAAGCUAAAGGAGCUUUACAAGAUGUCUUUGAGGUCAGCGGAAUUUAAUCAGUUGAAUGCCAUGUACAACUUGUGGGCGUCAUCCUAAAUGGAUUGGAAGUUACAUGUUACUACCUCUACCAAAACCCUUAUGCAAGUAUAUUGUGAAUAUUGUUUUAUGAUGUUAACUUGUUAUGACCAUCAGUUAUGACUUAUGACGUAUUUUAUGGACGUGUUAGUCCGUCUUCUGCAAGAGUGGAUUUGUAAUAUGCUUAUUACAUGAUUUCAUAGCAUCCUUCAUAUAGAUAAUGUGUAAUUGGCACAUACAAAACUUCCUUAUAUAUACAGGACAAAAUGUAUUUCCUUUCGCUGGUACUAAGGUACUUCUUAU